AUGUCCGACAAGUCCAACGACAUCGAGCACCUCAAGGGCCUCGUUUCCAAGCUCCAGGCCAAGAUCACCGAGCUCGAGGGCAAGGCGGGCGACGCGGUCAAGUCGGCCGUCGACGGCAUUGUUGGGGGCAAGACGGCCCCCAAGCUCGUGCUCAUGGGCCCUCCAGGUGCUGGCAAGGGCACGCAGGCGCCCGCCAUCGCGGACAAGUACUGCGUGUGCCACCUGGCCACGGGUGACAUGCUGCGCUCGCAGGUCGCUGCGCAGACCGACCUUGGCAAGGAGGCCAAGAAGAUCAUGGACGCCGGUGGUCUUGUCUCGGACGAGAUCAUGGUCAACAUGAUCAAGUCGGAGCUCGAGAACAACAAGGAAUGCAAGGACGGGUUCAUCCUUGACGGGUUCCCGAGGACGGUGCCGCAGGCCGAGAAGCUCGACGACAUGCUCUUGACCAAGGGCAAGAGAAUCGACCACGCCAUCGAGCUCAAGAUUGAUGACGCGCUCCUCAUCUCGCGCAUCACUGGCCGUCUUAUCCACCCCUCCUCGGGCCGCUCGUACCACAGAGAGUUCAACCCCCCCAAGAAGGCCAUGACGGACGACAUCACUGGCGAGCCUCUUAUCCAGCGUUCGGACGACAACGCCGAGACGCUCAAGAAGCGCCUUCUCACUUACCACAAGCAGACUGGCCCCGUCGUCGCCCACUACCAGAAGACGGGCGUCUGGUCCCCUGUCGACGCUGCCCAGAGCCCCAAGCUCGUCUGGGCCUCCAUCUCGUCCAUCCUCGAGGCCAAGAAGUAG